AUGUCGCAUCCAGUCUUCAAUUACUGCUCGUCCUAUCCGCAUAUCGUGGACAUGAUCCUUAACCACCUGAAUGCAAACCGUAAGGCCUUGUUCGCCCUUCGGUUACUUUCCAAGUCUAUUCGCGAGGCGGUGGACCACCGUACAGUUAUCCGUGUCGUCGUCAAGCACAUUCAUAAAAGCAAGGAAUUUAUGUCGAAAGACUCAACAUCUGUCGACCUUUCUCCCAAACCCAACUCUGGAAACACUGCAGGUCACAGCAAUGGAGGGAGCGAACGGGCGGUCGACAAGGAACCAACACUCAUCACUCCCGCUGGUCGUGUCCCGGUGUUCUGCCCAGCAUUCUUCAAUCCACAGCUUAAGAGUGGAGCAAUUACCACAGACCCUCGUUACGUUACGCUCUUCCAGCACGUCCGCCAAGUCGAGUUUGUGGGACCAUGUCCUCCCGAAUACAUGCAGCAUCUCUGUCCUCUUCUCACCAACGUCUGGGUCGUUCGUCUGGGCAACAGUCGUUACUUCCGCGCCUUCAGUCCGAUGACGGAAAUGGUCGACUUGACCAGCCCUGCCGAAUGCACGGUCCCCGCACAGACUAUUGUGCUCUGCAUGAAGCGGGGAUCCAACCCCUGGGACACCUGGCCGUCGUUUCCUGCCCCAGUCGCCAACAAGGUCAACAAACUUGUCCUUCACAUCCUCCAUGAGAUCGACACUGGUAACAACAAUGUUCGCCCAGCCAAGCCCAAACCCCCCGCCAAGUUGUCGUACAGACACUUUCCCAACCUACAGCACGUCGUCCUUGUGUUCUACCAGGGACGCAUUCCGCACUAUUCCUUGCUCGGCUACCUCCAAGUCCAACCAAAUGAUUAUUCCAUUUCCGGCCCACUGGGUCCCGUCCUGUCGACCAUUGCCCACAACGUCUCGCGCGCAAAGUACACCCUCCUCGGGCUUGAGACCCUGCAGAUCGAGCACAACAAAACAAGCGUCCCGAGCCAUGACAUUGUGGAGACAGUGAAGAACAUCAUCGCUACCGAUAUUCGCCGCAUCCAUCCCGACAAGACUGAAGGAGAGGUGGAGGGGUUGAUGGGCAAGGUGGAGUUUAUGACUCGCAAGGAAUAUCGUACUCGCGAGGGCGAUGACCAGUUCUGA